UUGGCACUCAUCUCUAAUGCACAGAACGUCCUUUAUUAAUCUUAGUAUGCAGUUUUUGACUCUCAGUUUGUAACUCUGGUAUUGAAAAACUUUGUUGUUUGCUAUAUUUACUAUUGUAACAAGCGUGUAAAAGUACAGCCUGUCGUUCUAAAGAAAAUGGAAUGUUUGAUUUCGUUCAAACAAUUCAUAGAUGUUAAUAAAUUAUUUAGCGACAAAAUAGAGGUAUUUUUCUAUACGAAGCAUAGCAAAUAGUUGAUAGUACUUUUUAUUUAAUUUCUUCAAUCUUUCGUCAAUGAAGUUUAAACAAGAUUGUUGAUAUACGGAUGAAGAUCGAUAAAGAUAAUAGCGAACCAUUAAUACUAUCAGUGUCCAAUAAAAAGAAAGUAAAAAGAAAAUCUAUUUUUUAUAGUUAUAGUUUCUUCGUAUUUAUGAAUUUAUGUAUGAUAUUGGCCUUUUUUACUUCAAACUAUGGCGGAUCGAAGGGAAUCAUCAACGAACACUUUGUGAUUUGGUACUUCGCGGUACCUCUGAUUUACCUAGAAGCUGGAAUAUGCUGCAAUCUCAAAGAUCUUUUCGCUGUGAUUUGCGAUGGCUAUUUGCUUUUGUUCCUCGUGCUAUUCAUCUAUAUGCUGGUACCAGCUCUGGCGGCGGUGGGAUGUUACUUCUUGAGUAACGUCGGCGUCAAUGUUCGUUUGCUCAAAGGAAUUGAAGUCUUACACUGUCUACCUCCACCAUUUACUACAAGUUUAGCUUUAAGCCGAGUAGCACACGCAGACAUUCCCACGAGUGUCGUAACAACUUUAACGUGCCAUUUCGGGGGUCUGAUACUGUCGCCCAUUUUACUGUACAUAAUGUUGGGUGCAACGGUGCCACCGCUGACAGAAAUAAAUUUACGCGAGAUCACGUACAGCACGCUGAUACCACUGGCGAUCGGCGUCUCCCUCCGAUCAAUAUGCUUUAAGGAUCAAACGACAACUUUCGAGAAUCGCAGCAGUUGGAUAUCCCGACUACUGCUGCUGCUCAUUGCCUAUAAUCUUUUCUGCGAUGCCUUCACCAUCGACGCUGCGACUUUAUACGCGAUUGACAUCCUUCUAUGCGUUCUUAUUGCUUGUCUCAGCCAAAUAGUCAUUACGUGUAUCUGCUGGAUACUGUGCAGCACAUGGCUGAACAAACACGUGCUCCUAGCAUCCGUCUUCACGUGUACCUUCAAGUCAAUCGGCUUUGGAGAAUGGCUGAUGAAAGCAGCUUUUCGUAAUUCCACAGAGGCGACAACGGUGAACUUACCACUUCGGAUAUUGACGGUAGCGCAACUGUUACUUGGCAGUUUGCUGGCGAGCUGGCUCGCUUCUUAAUUUUCUUCCAAGAUUACGAUAUUUAUAAAAGAAUUAUUUUCUUACCAAUGUUGGCAUACAGUAAGACUAGCGACAGAUAAAAGUGAACUU